AUGGACAUUACAGAGGUUUCUGAGCUUAUUGACAGGAAAUGCCAAAUAUAUAUCACCCACAAGGAGAUUUUGCAUAUUCUUACUAGUAAUGUACGAAAUGCUAUUCGUGAAGAAAUUGGGUAUGCAAAAUUUUGCAUUCUUGUUGAUGAAGCCCGGGAUGAGUCGAAGAGAGAGCAAAUGACCAUUAUUUUGAGGUUUGUUGAUAAAAAUGGUUUCAUUAAAGAGCGUUUCUUUCAUGUUGUGCAUGUUAGAGAUACUACUGCAUUAACCUUAAAGAAUGAGAUAUGUGCUGUCAUUUCUUGUUACAACUUUCACAUUGAGAAUAUUCGAGAUCAAGGGUAUGAUGGAGCUAGUAAUAUGCGUGGUGAAUGGAAUGGAUUACAAGUUCUAUUUCUUAAAGAAUGUCCAUAUGCUUAUUAUGUACAUUGCAUGACUCAUAGGUUGCAAUUGGCUUUAGUUACAGCAUCUAGAGAAGUGAAAGUUGUUCAUCAAUUAUUUGAUCAUUUGACUAAUAUUAUCAAUAUUGUUGUUGGUUCUAGUAAGUAUAAUGAUGAAUUGCAAUAUGCUCAAGGGGAACAAAUUGAGAACAUGAUUGCUUCUAAUGAAAUUGAGAUUGGAAGAGGAGCAAACCAAAUUGGUACUUUGCAACGGGCUGGAGAUACACGUUGGGGAUCUCAUUUUCAAUAUAUUUGUAGUUUGAUAAAAAUGUUUGAUGCAAGUUGCGAAGUUAUCAAUACUAUCUCUGAGGAAGGGGUUAAUUAUAAACAACGUGGUGAUGUCGAGGGAACUUAUCAGGUAUUAACAUCAUUUGAAUAUGUUUUAAUUUUGCAUAUGAUGAAAGAGAUUAUGGGAAUUACUAAUAUUCUUUGCCAAGCUUUGCAACAACAUUCUCAGGAUCUUUUAAAUGCCAUGCAUUUAGUUUCAACUACAAAAUCACUUAUUCAAAAGUUGAGAGAUGAUGGAUGGGAGCCUUUACUUGAUAUUAUUACAUCAUUUUGUGGACAACAUGAAAUUGAUAUUCCUAAUUUAAAUGCUCGUUACACUAAAGCUCGAGGUAGAUAUCGUCAUCAAGAUGAAGCUUUGACAACAAUAGAACAUCAUUUAAGAAUUGGCAUAUUUACAGUUGCAAUAGAUUUUCAAUUGCAAGAAUUGAAUAGUAGAUUUUGUGAGCUAACAACAAAUCUUCUCACUCUUAGUUCAGCAUUAAAUCCUAAGAAUGCUUUUAGAUCAUUCAAAAUUGGUGAUAUUUGCAAUUUGGCUAAAAAUUAUUAUCCUCAAGAUUUCACUGAGCAGGAAAUUUGUCUUUUGAAGCAUCAAUUGCAACAUUAUGAGCUUGAUGUGACAAAGCAUCCAGAUUUUCAGAAUAUGGGUACAAUAUCUAAGCUAUGUAGGGGAUUAGAAAUUUCAGGGAAAUCUAAAUUCUAUCAUUUAAUUGAUAAACUAAUUCGUCUUGUGUUGACUCUUCCAGUUUCUACAGCAACAACAGAACAAGCUUUUUCAGCUAUGAAACUAUUAAAAACAAGACUUCGUAAUAGAAUGAAGGAUGAACUUUUGGCAGAUAACAUGAAAUUGUUGGGAAUUUCACCAUGGAAAUGA